UUUUUCGAGCAAAGCGGACGAAAUCGUUUAAUUCAGUGAAAUUUCUGGAAAUCCACAAAAAUACGUGACAAAUCAAUAAUUUCUGGCAGUGACUGUGAGAAGGUGUGUUCAGUGUUCACUUUACGUAAAAUAACUCUCCAAAGUUCGACGGAUUCAGUGAUAUUUUAGUGUUUUUUUGAAAAUCGUUUGGCAGCCAUUUUCUUCUAGCGAAGAGUAUGAAUCGAUGCUGGUAUCGACUUUCUGCUGAAUGAAUUUAUAGAAAGUGUCGGAAUUGUGUAAUUAAGAAGCAUAGUUCAGUGUGUUAAAAUGGCCAGCCCAUCACCGGUGAACAGUCCAAUGCCACCACCGCAAGCACCAAGCCCAAUGGGACCACCUUCGCAGAGUCCGGCCCCUUCCCCGUCACCGCAUAGUCCCUAUCAGCCGCCUCCAGGACCACCACAAGGUCCCCCUCACAUGGGUCCAGGGCAAGGGCCACCGCAUCCUCAUGGUCCUCCGGGUCCACCACAAGGUGGUCAUUUGCCAAUGCAGGGUCCUCCGCAACAGCACGGACCGCAACCUCCCAAUCCGCACGGUCCACCACCACCACAACACGGUCCGCCUCACAUGAAUGGACCCCCACCAUCGCAAGGCCCGGGUGGCCCUCAAGGGCCGCCUCCUCCUCAUCAUAUGCAAGGACCCGGGGGACCGGGAGUUCCUCCAGGUCCACCACCUCAACACAUGCAACAACAUCCGCCCGGUCCACCCCAUCCGCAAAUGGGGCAACAUUCAGGACCUCCCCCAACUCAACAACACCCAGGAUUACCACCCCAUCAGGGACCACCCAUGCCACCGGGAAUGGUACCCGGAGGAUAUCCGCCCCAUUCGAUGCCACCAAACUCAGUUCCCCCUCCGCCUGGUCCAAUGCAACCGGGUGGUCCUGGUCCUGCUUUGUCCGGUCCUGGGCCCAGCAUGUCCGGUCCGGGUGGCCCGGGGAUGAUGCCAGGUGGUCCACCGCCGCCACCGGGCCAGGAGAAUCUGAACGCCCUUCAGCGAGCGAUUGAUUCAAUGGAAGAGAAAGGCCUUCAGGAAGAUCCACGUUAUUCGCAACUGCUGGCACUGCGUGCCACAUCCAAACAACAGAACCUAAACGCAUCCCAGCUACAUCAGCUGCGUGGACAGAUUAUGGCCUAUCGUUUGCUGGCGCGUCAUCAACCGAUCAGUAAACAGCUAGCUUCUCAGAUACAAGCUCAACGUUCCGACGGAACUCCACCGCAAUGUCCAACACCGCCAGCAAGCCCAUUCCCCGGACCACAGGGUGGUCCAUCGCCGCAGCCUGGCCUCCAACAGCAGCAACCACCCCAGCAGGGUCCCCAACAGGGUCCCCCACAAGGGCCGCCGAGUGUUUCGGUCGGUAAAACUGGUCCUCCAGAGCCAGGAAAGCCACCAGCCGGUGGCAUGCCGCCCAAUCAAAGUCCUAUGCCGGGUAUGACAAUGGGUGCACAUCAGCAACAAAUGGGAGGUCCGGGUGGACCUGCUCAGCCUCAGAGACCUAGCUCGCAAGGACCCGCAGGUGCUGGACCCCGUCCGGCAGCUCAAGCACCUGUAGUCCAGCCCAUACAGAAGCAAAACCGCGUCACAACGGUUGCCAAACCUGUAGGAUUAGAUCCGAUAACCAUCCUGCAGGAGCGGGAGAAUCGUAUGGCUGCACGAAUUGCUUUACGAAUGGAAGAGCUGAAUAACCUUCCUGCCACAAUGCCGGAAGAUAUGCGGAUUCAAGCUCAAAUCGAACUUCGCGCUCUGCGAGUUUUGAACUUCCAACGUCAACUGCGGUCUGAAAUAGUCCAAUGCACCAGAAGAGAUACGACCCUGGAAACGGCCGUCAAUGUUAAGGCAUACAAACGCACCAAGCGUCAAGGGUUACGCGAAGCACGAGCAACCGAGAAGCUCGAAAAACAACAGAAACUGGAAGCCGAACGUAAACGACGUCAGAAGCACCAGGAGUUCCUGGCUUUGGUACUCCAACACGGAAAAGAUUUCAAGGAAUACCAUCGCAAUAACAUCGCCAAGUUAGGACGACUGAACAAGGCCAUCAUGAACUACCAUGCCAACGCUGAACGCGAACAGAAGAAGGAACAGGAACGCAUCGAGAAGGAACGUAUGCGGCGUUUGAUGGCCGAAGAUGAAGAGGGCUACCGAAAGCUUAUCGAUCAAAAGAAAGACAAACGUCUGGCAUUCUUGCUUUCGCAGACCGACGAAUACAUCAGCAACUUAACCGAAAUGGUCAAACAGCACAAGGUGGAUCAAAAGAAAAAGAAAGAUGACGAAGAAGAACGCAAACGUCGCAAGAAGCGAAUGGUGCUGGAAAGUGGCGAUAUUCAGAUGUUGGAUACGGACUGUGAGGCGCACGACUGUCGCGUGACGGUGAUGGAAACGGCAACCGGUAAGAUGUUCACCGGAGAUGAUGCUCCCUAUCUGCGGGAUUUGUACGGAUGGCUGCAGGUUCAUCCGGGCUGGGAAUAUGUCAUCUCCGACGGGGAGGACGACGAGGAUGAGGACGAUUCAGAUGAGCGUAAGAAGAAGCGUGAUAAUGAUCUUUCCGAUGAGAACAAAACCCAGGAGGUUAUCCAGAAGGCAAAGGUCGAAGAUGACGAGUACAAAACGGAGGAGCAAACUUACUACAGCAUUGCUCACACCGUACACGAGAAGGUUACCGAACAGGCUUCGAUUUUGGUGAACGGAAAGCUGAAGGAGUAUCAAAUCAAGGGUUUGGAGUGGUUGGUGUCGCUGUUCAAUAAUAAUUUGAACGGUAUUCUGGCCGAUGAGAUGGGUCUAGGUAAAACCAUUCAAACCAUCGGUUUAGUCACCUAUUUAAUGGAAAAGAAAAAGAACAACGGACCGUAUUUGAUUAUUGUUCCCCUCUCUACCCUUUCUAAUUGGGUAUUGGAAUUUGAAAAGUGGGCCCCCGCCGUUGGCGUGGUAGCCUACAAAGGCUCCCCAGCUGGACGUCGCGCCGUUCAAAAUCAAAUGAAAGCUACAAAAUUCAACGUCCUGCUGACUACCUACGAAUACGUUAUAAAGGACAAAGCAGUGCUGGCAAAGAUUUCCUGGAAGUACAUGAUAAUCGACGAAGGUCAUCGUAUGAAAAACCAUCACUGCAAGCUGACCCAGGUAUUGAACACCCAUUAUACUGCUCCCCAUCGAUUGCUGUUGACGGGAACCCCGUUGCAAAAUAAACUUCCAGAGCUGUGGGCUUUGUUGAAUUUCCUACUUCCGUCGAUCUUCAAAUCAUGCUCGACCUUUGAACAGUGGUUCAAUGCACCAUUUGCCACAACCGGCGAAAAGGUGGAACUAAACGAGGAAGAAACGAUUCUUAUCAUUCGUCGUUUGCAUAAAGUCUUACGUCCCUUCCUGUUGCGACGUCUCAAGAAGGAGGUAGAAUCACAACUACCGGACAAGGUAGAGUAUAUUAUCAAGUGCGAUAUGUCCGGAUUGCAGCGCGUACUGUAUAAGCACAUGCAAAGCAAGGGCGUCCUCCUGACCGAUGGUUCAGAGAAAGGUAAUAAGGGCAAGGGAGGAGCGAAGGCUUUGAUGAACACGAUCGUACAGCUUCGUAAGCUUUGCAACCAUCCGUUCAUGUUCCAGCACAUCGAAGAGAAAUACUGCGAUCAUAUUGGAAUGCAGGGAACCGUAACGGGUCCCGAUUUGUACCGGUCAUCAGGAAAGUUUGAGCUGUUGGAUCGUAUUUUGCCAAAGCUUAAAGCUACUGGCCAUCGUGUGCUACUGUUUUGUCAGAUGACACAGUGCAUGACCAUCAUCGAGGACUAUCUGAGCUGGCGUGGGUUCGGCUAUCUGCGCUUGGAUGGUACCACAAAAGCUGAGGAACGUGGAGAUUUGCUGAAGAAAUUCAACUGCAAAAACUCGGAAUAUUUCGUAUUUCUCUUAUCAACCCGCGCCGGUGGUUUGGGUUUGAAUUUACAAACGGCGGACACUGUUAUUAUAUUCGAUUCGGAUUGGAAUCCCCACCAGGAUCUGCAGGCACAGGAUCGUGCCCAUCGUAUCGGACAGCGAAACGAGGUUCGCGUGCUUCGUUUGAUGACCGUGAACUCGGUCGAAGAGCGCAUUCUGGCUGCCGCUCGGUACAAGUUGAACAUGGACGAAAAAGUUAUCCAAGCUGGUAUGUUCGAUCAGAAGUCUACCGGUAGCGAACGGCAGCAGUUUUUGCAAAGCAUUCUACACCAGGACGAGAUGGACGAAGAGGAAGAAAACGAGGUACCGGAUGAUGAAAUGAUAAAUUUGAUGAUAUCACGACAUGAUGAAGAGUUGGAACUGUUUAAAAAAAUGGACGCCGAGCGAAAGGCGGAGGAGACAAAGCCCAGAUUGCUCGAGGAAUCGGAAUUGCCAGAUUGGUUAGUAAAGGAGGACGAAGAAGUUGAUCGGUGGGAAUAUGAGGAGGAUAAUUCAAUCUUGGGUCGCGGUUCGAGACAGCGUAAGGAGGUUGACUAUACCGACAGUUUAACUGAGAAAGAAUGGUUGAAGGCGAUUGAUGAUGGAGCUGAUUUUGACGAAGAACUUGAAGAGGAAGAGCGCGAGAAGAAACGUAAGGGACGUAAACGGAAAAGCAAACGAGAUGAUUCGGACGAUGAGAGUAUCAUUUCUACUGUGACAAAGCGUAGGAAGGGCACAACUCACCCGAAGGUUAAAAAACAAAUGGAAAGGGUAAUCGAUGCUGUUAUCAAAUACACGGAUGCCGAAGGUCGUGUACUGAGUCAACCCUUCCUGAGGUUACCCUCCAAACGGGAUCUUCCCGACUACUAUGAGGUCAUUAAGCGACCGAUCGAUAUCAACAAAAUUUUGAUGCGUAUUAAGGAAGCUAAAUACGUGGACUUUGCAGAUUUGCAGAAAGAUUUCUUCCAGCUUUGCCAGAAUGCGCAAAUCUACAAUGAGGAGGCGUCGCUCAUCUAUGAAGACAGCUUGGAGCUGCAAUCGGUGUUCACUAACGCCAAACAGAAAGUCCUGGAGGCGGCUGAAGAAGAGGAUUCCGACGAUGAUGACGACGAUGACAACUCGGAUGAGGAAUCGGGUAGCGUGAAAAUGAAGCUGAAAAUCUCCAAAGCAGGUGCUUCGUCAUCGUCCUCACUGUCGACUUCGCGCUCAAUGAAGGCCACUCCGGUGCGCAGGAAGCGUUCACAGAAAAAAUACACUAUCUCGGACGAUGACGAUGACGACAUGGAUUAAACUGCUGCAGUAGAAAACACUAUGAGCACUCAACGUAAGCUUACAAUUGUCUAACCGCACUUAUUAAUUCUUUUAUCUUACUGUUAGAGUAGGUGUAAAAAUAUGCGUAAUCUAUAACUAUUUGACAGUGGAUGGUGUGUGAUCAAAUUUUUUAAUUAUUCUUAAUUUCUUUACUUGGAAAUUUGGCUUGGCAAAUCUAAUAAGAUUCACUAAGAAACGAUUUUUGACCGAGAAAAUUUAAAUGAAGUUUUUAUUUAUUCAUUCGAAAAGAUAAAUUUAUUUGCUAAAUUCGAAUCAUUUUCAUAAAAGUGCAUGCUUCCUUAUAUUUGGUUCGUUAUUGAGAGUUGAAUUGAACAAAUUCAACUGUUUUCAACAUACAUAAUAUGUUUAUUCAAAUAAAAACAGCAUAGAAUAAGCAUCAAUGACUCUAUCAAAACUUUAUUAGAAACAUAUUACAUAUAUUCACUAUAAUCUAAUCAGUAUGUAGUAACAAUUACGCUGCAUAUUAAGUGUUUGAUGGCAUGAUCUAUAUUAUUAACAAAGCUAA